AUGGCCGACUACAUACGGCGCAUGGCGCACAUCUCCACGCUCUUCACGUCGCUGAUCGCAGAGGCGAUUGGGUUGCCUGCGGAGGCGUUUGAGAAGUUCUUUGAUCGCGACCAGCAGCACAAGCUCAAGAUUGUCAAGUAUCCCGAGGUUGAUGUGGGUGACCUGCCGGCUGGGGCGAGCGAGAUGGAGCGGAAGAAGUGGGAGAUCAAGCGCCAGGGCGUGGGUCCGCAUAAAGAUAGUAUGCUCACCAGCUACCUGCUGCAGGCGUCCGAUCAGCUCGGCCUGCAGGCGCAGAACGCAAAGGGCGAGUGGAUAGACUGCAAGCCCAUACCUGGUACGCUUGUUGUGGCGAUCGGGCAGGGCAUGGAGGCGUUGACAGAUGGGGUUUGCGCGUCAACUACACAUCGCGUUCUGAGUCCGCGCAAGGGAGAAGGGGCGCGGUACUCGGUGCCGUUCUUCCAGGGCGUGAGCUACGACGCGCAGUUUGAAGCCAUGGAUGUGCCGGACGAGGUACUACAGCUGAGGGACCAGGCGAGGAAGAAGCGCAAGGACGAUGUGGAGUUUACGUUUGUGAAGGGCAGAUGGGGACACCUCGGCGAGGCAACGCUGAUGAACAGGAUCAAGAGCCAUCCCGACGUUGGCGAGCGGUGGUACCCCAACGAGCUGAAGCACAUCCGCGCGCAGCAGGCAGCAGCGCAGGCGUCGUCAUGA